AUGACUUCCCCGACGACGGCCUCGCAGGCAGAGCUCAAGGCCGCCAAGGUCCCCCUUGGAUGGAGGGAUCAGUGCUCCGCACUCCUCAUCCCCCUCAACGUCUGCCGGAAGGAAAAGUACUACCUCCCAUGGGAGUGCGAGAACGAGAGGCACGUGUACGAGAAGUGCCAAUACGAUGACUACAUGCGCCGUAUGAAGGAGCUUUCGAAACGCAAGCUCGAGGCGGAGGAGUGA